ACGGCAUUUGACGGUUCACAGAUUGAAGUAACUUGGGCCAAACCGGUGGACAAAACAGAUAAUGCACGUCUAGGUCGUUUAUCUAACACAAACACAAAUAGUUCGGCUCUGUCCAAUUUGUAUCCGGUUGUCUCACGAAUGAUGCAUCCAACUGUGAACAAUGUUCUCGGCUCCGCAUUGACCGACAAUUCGUUCAAAAUCCCAAUCAGCAAUAUGUUGACCGGACCGAUCCCGAUCAAUUGUGUCCCGCCCGCGUUCGCCACACCACUGACCACGGUUCCAUUUCAAAACCCUUAUCGUGCUCUGUCGUAUUUUCAAAAUUCGAAUGACUUUGCCGGGCUGACCACGACAUCUCAUCCCAUGCAUUUGAAUACGUUGACCCUGGUUCAACAACCACCAGCUCCAGCACCCGCACCCACGGCGAUGAUCCCGAAUGCGUAUGUGGGUACGAGCAGUUUAACCGGUCCGGAUAGUGCAACCCGUGUGAACACGAUAGCCGCCCAUUCACCGUUACUCACACUGAAAGGACCGGAAAAUUUACAAGACCAAAGAUCGGAAUUCAGCCUGUCGGAGAUGGGGAAAAUGAAAGCGAAUUCAACGAAUAGCAACACAAGCUUCGGUUCAGACGGGACCACUUGGUUUGAUACGGGAUUGGUGCCUGAUUUGAAAGACAUCCAUCCAGAUCCAAUGCAGGUAAGUCGGAUCUUUCCAUCGUGUGCUAAUUCGAUGCUCCGAAAAUAUUCACAUGUGGUCAUUCGGUUUCGUCGUUUUUGUUUUGUCGUGCUAAAAAUUCAAAUACGAAACUUCACAAAGUGUAUGCGACUCAAAUGA